AUGAUAGCUAUGGACACAACGGCUUCUGAAGAUACAGCAAACUGGAGCAAGACAUUGUCAAGUUAUGAUGUAGCUGCCUUUGAGAACUGCACGGAUGAAGUGCAUGAACUGAGGAAAUCCUACCUACCACCUCUCUAUGGCAUGAUCUUCUUUGUGGGCUUCUUAGGCAACGUUGUUGCGAUUUGUGUGUACACUUUCAAGAUGAGGCCCUGGAAGAGCAGCACUAUUAUUAUGUUCAACAUAGCCUGCACAGACCUAUUAUACUUAACUGGCCUUCCUUUUCUGAUCCACUACUAUGCCAACGGAGAGCACUGGGUCUUUGGAGACUUCAUGUGCAAGUUCAUCCGCUUUGGUUUCCACUUCAACUUGUACAGCAGCAUCCUCUUCCUCACCUUCUUCAGCAUCCUCCGAUACUUUGCAAUUGUCCACCCAAUAAGAUCUUUUUCCAUUCAGAAAAAGUCAUGGGUUGUUGUGGCUUGUGUUGCAACUUGGGUAAUUUCACUGGCAGCUGUGAGUCCUGUCAACUUUUUGAUUACCUCAAAGACAGAAGCAGACAAAUUUAUUUGCCUUGACCUUACUAGUUCUGAAAACCUGGAUGUGAUUCGGUGGUACACCUGGCUUUUAACUGCCUUGGCCUUCUACUUGCCUUUAAUAACUGUGACUCUUUGUUAUACUGUAAUAAUCUAUACCUUGACUACAGGACCCCACACUCACAACCCUCAUAAACAGAAGGCUCGUAAACUUGCUGUUCUUCUCCUCGUGGUCUUUUAUGUGUGCUUUCUACCUUUCCACAUGUUUAGGAUUGUUCGGAUUGAAUUAAGGAUGAAUCCAGUUAGCUGUGAUGCUGAGCACCAGAUCCACAUGGCUUACGUUCUCUCUAGACCACUGGCAGCACUGAACACAUGUGGCAAUGUGAUACUUUAUGCCAUGAUCAGUAAUAAUUUCCAGCAGGCUAUCCAAUCUCUUUUGAGAUGCAAAUUGAGCAACUUCAUACAACAGACAGGGAGUAACAGUGACUUGAACAAGCCUGGAAUUAUAUUAAAGUUAUGA